GUGUUCACCACGCAGAUCCGCGUUUGGAGCAUGUCCAUUAUCGCCUUCUGCGGUCGAAUGGCUCCAAUGGCGGUGCCGCUUCUGAUUCACAGUUCCACCCAUCUCUUCCUGUACCUGACCAUGGGACUGCUGAUCGUCGCAGCCAUUCUGGUGUGGAGUUUGCCGGAGACCAAGGAUGCAGAGCUCAUCGAGGUCCCGAAUGGCCGUCCGAUGGCGAAGGACACUCCAUCCUACGGCGCGGCCGCAACGUCCGUGCCGGCCGCGGCAGGGUGA